AUGACGACCUUCGUCCCCCUGGCCACUGACGGCGAUGGAACCGCCUCGGCAGUCGCAGUUGGCGACUGGCUGCUGGAAAUUAUGAAUCAGAAGGACUCUGCGGAGACGCGCAGCUACUACACGCAGUUCUUGGAGCAGUUUGUAAAGGACGAAGAGACUGAAGAGCAGAGAAUCCGCGAUCACUUCCAGCUCUUCGAGCUCCUCCUCUCUCAGCACCAGCUGGUAUUCAACUACCUUGCGCAGGCUCGCCAGCAGCAGCAACCUCCCGCCGCGCAGAACGACAAAAAUGAGAAGCCUGCGCCCCGGAAGACCUUCAUGGAGGCAGUCCACGAAGUCGAGGAGUUCUUCACGUUGCUGAUCGCUAUGGUUGUCCUCCGCAUCGAGAACGUUGAGCAGGCCGGUCAGGCGGCAGGCACGCUUUGCUCGGUCUUCCGCGCUUCCACAGAUAUGGCGGAGUUCCGUCUGCGUCUGCUGCAGUCUCUGUACAAUGCCUUCCCGCCGAACUUCCCCUACCGGUUCCCCAUCUUCGUCGCGACCCUCGAGUACGCGGCGGAGACGAACCUCUUCCACAUCAUGCUGCCCUACAUCCGCUACAUCAACGAGUGGAUGAGGGACUGGAACCUUCCGCCCUCCUCGAAGCGCCAGGUAUUCCUCAUCCUGGCGAACGAACUGAAGAAACUGAAGAAGACAGACGAAGCGUAUCCCUUCUUGAAGCGCCACGUGCAAUUCUUCCAGAACGAGAAGGAGGAAGUUCUCUCCAACGGGGCGACCAUCUCCGCGGCUGUGGAGCUCAUUGAGGACAGCAUCCGCCUCCCCGACGUAGUUGUUUUCGACGGCCUGCUCGACCUCGACGCCGUGAUGUAUCUGAAGAAGACGGCGCAUGCGUCGCUGAUUGAGUUGCUGCAGAUCUUCGUAAACCAGGGCCCCAAGGAGCUCGACGCCUUCAAGGCCAAACACCCGCAGGUCUUCGAAGAGCAUGGUCUGAACUACGAACAGUGCCUCGCGAAGAUCCGUCUCCUCGCGGUCGCCUCUCUGGUUCAGGGCCGCAAGAAGGAAGUCUCCAUCCGCUCGAUCGGCGAAGCCUUGCAGCUCAACGAAGCAGCCGCCGAGGAAGUUGCGGUUCAGGCGAUUGGUCAGGGCAUCGUCGAGGCGAAGAUCGACCAGAUGGCGCGCGUCCUCCACGUCCGCUCCGCGAUGCAGCGCGAGUUCGGCACCCAGCAGUGGGAGGAGCUCCUCGAGCGCAUUGAGCACUGGGGCGAAGGCGUGCGCGCACUCAUCGGCUGCAUGCAGAGCGUGAAGAGCCAAGUGGCGUCCGUGGCGGCAGCUGCGGCGAACUCGAACGGGCCUUCGCCGAUUGCGCUCGCGACCGCCGGAAGCUCGCCCGCGCCUGCUCCAAACGCAGGAACCGCGCACCAGCAUUAA